AUGGCCUGUCUUGCUGUUCCUCCUCCAAACCGUCACCGUGCGUCCUCCACGAAUGUCCGCCCGCCCUUGACUCUCAGUACCCUGGGUUCGCGUCGCAGGUCCAACUCGCUGCUCGCUCUCCCUCCCGUCCAGUCCCCCAUGAUCACUCCUCCGCACACUCCCCCCAUCCACGACCUCCAGUUGUCCUCCCUUCCCUCCUCAGAUUCCCAUCUUGCAUCUACCCUCUCCAGAUGCCUCCACCUCCUCGACCUCUCCCAGAGCCAUCAGGACCUCUCGACCCCCUCCUCUCCCCGUCUCAGUCGUGCAAGCACAGAUUCUACCAUUCUGCCUCUCUCCGCUUCACCAACACAGACGACAUUCGCCGAUGCAUUUCCAGGCACCUCGCAAACUCCAUCUCGUAGAUGGCUUCUCAGGGGGCCCCCUUCAAUACACACCCCCGUGUUGUUUGUGCUCAUUUUGUUUCCUCUCUCGGCUGCUUUAGUUGUCCUCGCCAUGUCUACCCUUCCCAUUACUCUCCAGUGGCCUCGAAAUCUCACCGACCUCGCAGAGCUCGGCCGUGAACUUCAGGGCUAUACUCAGAGUGGACCCGCCGCCAUGGUUCAUGUUCUUGCUGUUAUCUCUAUCACCGCGGUUUGGAAACAUGCUUGGUCAAUACCCGGCAGCGUCAUAUGGAAUGUCCUAGCCGGUGCUCUCGUGUCUCCGGCACUUGCUACCGUUCUGUUCACAUUGUUGACCACUGUGGGGUCCAUUUGUGCGACACUCCUCGCGGCACCAAUAGCCCCCUUCAUUACCCAAGUCUUUCCCCGCGCUUUAGAGCUCACACGAUCAGCACUGGAAGGUGACUCUAGCAUAGGCAAUCUUUCCAGCAAUAAGCAUAAGCAAGCGUGGGUGCGGCUUUCAAUACUGCGUCUGAUUGGCGUAGUUCCUUGGGCAGGAAUCAACAUUGCAUCUGGUGUUUGCGGCGUCGCCAUCUGGGAUUGCUUCCUCGGAUCCUUCCUGGGUGCGUUACCAUGGACAGCAGUAACCUGUCAAAUAGGCGACAUUCUCCAAACUGUCGCUUCCAAUCCGUCGCCCGCACACCAGAGCGUACGAUCCCUUCUCACGUCGCCGGAAAUUCUUUUCAAGCUCGCCUUCCUCUCUAUACUCUCGCUGGCACCUAUUUUGGGCCGAGAUCAUCUGCGUCACUGGUUGUCAACCUCAACAUCAUCCGUACCACCGCUGGAUGUGGAUUCUGCAGAGGAACGGCUGUCACGAUGGGCUUGGGUUAAGGACUGGCAGAGCCGGAUACGCAUGCAUUCGCGAUCGCGAACGCGCGAAAUCUUCCGAAAGGAGUUGGAGACGCUCGUUCAAGAAAAGAACCAGAGUCUCCCUAUGUAA